AUGAAGUGGCUAAUCCUUGCACUAGUAUGCCUUCACCUCAGUCAGGCUAUGAUCAAAGUAUCCUUAAAACGAUUCAAGUCUAUGCGGGAAGAGAUGAUGGAAAAAGGGGUCAAUGAGCCAUUCCUACACAAGUAUUAUGAUCCAGCCAGCAAAUACAUCAACCAGUUUGCCGUUGCUGAUGAGCCUCUUGCUAACUACAUGGAUAUGUCCUAUUAUGGAGAGAUCAGUAUUGGAACUCCACCCCAGAACUUCAUGGUUCUCUUUGACACUGGGUCAUCCAAUCUCUGGGUGCCAUCCAUCUAUUGCCAGAGUCAGACUUGCAGUGAGUAUUCUUCCCUACUCCUUGCAGAUACUCUUCUCAUGACAUUAGCUCUUCCAGUUGAUUGCAUCCAAGGCAUUCCUAUUACCAAUCAAGAAUUUGGCCUAAGUGAAACUGAGCCUGGCACUGCCUUUCUCUAUUCACAAUUUGAUGGCAUCCUGGGUUUGGCCUAUCCUUCCCUUUCUGCUGGUGGUGCCACCACUGUAAUGCAGGGAAUGAUCCAGGAGAAUUUGAUAGGUGCUCCUGUUUUCAGUUUUUACCUGAGUCAGCAGCCAAGCUCCCAGAAUGGUGGUUCACUUAUAUUCGGAGGAGUCGAUUCCAAUCUCUACAAUGGUCAGAUUUACUGGACUCCAGUCACCCAAGACUUGUAUUGGCAAAUCGCGAUUGAUGGAUUCCUGGUUAACAACCAAGGCACCAACUGGUGCAGUCAGGGCUGCCAGGGGAUUGUGGAUACCGGAACAUCACUACUCACUGUUCCUGGGCAGUUCUUUCAAGAGCUGAUGCAGAACAUUGGAGCUCAACAAAACAACAAUGGCGCGUAUGUGGUUAGCUGCAAUAACGUUCAAUACAUGCCCACUAUCACAUUUGUCAUCAAUGGAAAUUAUUUCCCCCUGAGUCCAUCUGCCUAUGUCCUUCAGUAUUCUAAUAACAAUUGCCAGAUUGGCAUAAUGCCUACUUACCUGCCAUCCCAGAAUGGACAA